GAGGCGCCCAAGACGGCCAGAAGAAGGCCCCAAGAGGGCUUCAAUACUGCCUCCUUAGCGGGUUUGGCUCAAGCCAUUAGGGCUCAGACCUACGGUAUCCCCGUCCACAAGUGUUUCUUCAUGGUUGCGGCGGCGAACCAGGCAGUGACAAACAUGUGCGGAAAGGAAUUCCAACCUCCAGCUCGGGUGGGCAUCGACACGGGCUUGAUGGGCGCUGAUCCCGAGAUCCACGCCAUCAACGGGGCAGAGCUGGUGGAUGAGAAGGAGGAGGCGGAGGACCAAGGCUCGGGUACGUCAGAGGAGGUGCAGGACCAAGGCCGACACCGCAUGGCACGCGGCCGAGAGCGGCAGGACCGUACCCCUUCCCCGAUGGCGAGGGUCCGCGUCGACGGCACCUCCGACAUGAUGCUGGCAGAGUUCAGCGACGUCGGCUGGGAAACCCGGGCCAUGCGCCAGCGGCAGGCGCAGAUUACCAUCCGCGUCCGGAGGCUGGUGCGCGCCGAGCAGAACCGCACCGUCAGCAUGCUGGAGCGCCGCCUCUGCGGGCUGGUUUUCAAGAACCUCUGCAGGCAGCCCUUCGCCAAUCUGCCCCUCGUGGGCGGGGAGUCCGCGGGGCGUAAGCUCACACGCGAGUAGGCGCAAUGCAGAGUCAAGCAGCGACGGCUGUAGCAGCGAGUUAGCGCACGUCCCGCAGGCAUGGGCUCUGUACAGGUCUGGUUUUCGCUUUGCGCGCGGGUGGCGCACGUGAAUCCUGCAGGCUGGUAAAAUAUGUUUGGUGCAAUUGCCAGUUCAUGUUUAAAUGUCACCGUCAAUUCAGCGGCAGGGGAGUUCAGGCUCUGAGCUCCGUGACUCUGGCUCCUCGGGCGGCCCUUUCGCCGACACGUCGUGGGCAUAGUCUCCUGGCCUGGCCAUGGGGGCAGGCCCUGUCGUGGUGUGGCCUGUGUAGCUCUGUCUGUGCAGGCAUCGGCGCCGCCGUCAUUUAGUCGGCGGCAUGUGGCCGGAGCUUGCGCUCACGCGCCAGUAGUCGGGGCCUAAGAGACGGGGUUUUUUUUUUCUUGCAUUGCAUUUUUCGGUUGAUCCCAGAAGAUUCCCGAAGCAGCGACGGCUGCAGCAGCGGGUUGGCGCACGUCCCGCAGACGUGGGCGCAGUACAGGUCUCUGGUUUUCGCUUUGCGCGCGCGUGGCGCACGUGAAUCCUGCAGGCUGAUAAGAUAUUAUUGGUGUAAUUCUAUGGUUCAGUGCCGCCGUCAACUCAGCGGCAAACUUUGAUAGUCGUCGGCAGCGUCCUCCUCCUCCUCGUGCUCCAUUUCUCCCCCUUCACUCCGUUCACUGCCACCCACCUACGGUGUUUGAUUCAAUGCUCGGGGGCCCGCUUGCGGCAAGACCUACUCGCGAGAGUUCAGUCUCUGUCCGCUUUGCGCGUCCUCAUCUGCAGGGUACAGCUCGACUCCCGCAGAACCCUGCACUGCACUGCACUGCUUUUUGUCCGCGACUUGGACCUCGAAGGGCAGUGAAGACUGGCAUGAUUCGGUUAAAAAUCGCGGGCUUCAAGACUGCCUCAGAGAGCCACUCAGACCACCAG